UCGCGCCUACACUUGACGGUCGCAAGAAAUCAGACAAUAACAAUACGUGCACGACGCGGACGAGGCGGCAGCGUGAAGCUCGUGUUAUUGUGCUCAAAGAUUGACUGAGGCUCUACCAUGCCUGUGGCCUCCACCAGGACAGAGCCUGCACUGCAGGUGUUGGACAUGAGUGACAGUACGACCAGCUCCACCACAGCCAAUGACCUGGACCUCAUCUACCUCAAAGGCAUCAUGGAGAGCCCUCUGGAGCCAGAGGAGCAUCAGAAGGAGGUGCGGCCGUCGCCGGUGAGGGAGAACAACGUGGAGCUCCUGCAGGAGAUCCUCAAAGACCUGGACCCCUUCACACAGCAGUCGGACACCGUGGCUGAGCUCAGCGCCAUCCUCACCCAGCCUCACUUCCAGUCUCUGUUGGAAACUCACGACUCGGUGGCGUCGCAGGCGUGUGAUAGCCCGCCCCCGAGCCCCGGUGAUGUAGUGGAUCAUGAAGCGGAGGACGACCACGCGCACAACCUGCACCCGCCCCCUGACGCCAUCCGCAUGGUGGGCAUACGGAAAGUGGCGGGGGAGCAUUUGGGAGUGACAUUUAAGGUGGAAGCUGGUGAGCUGGUGAUAGCCCGCAUACUCCAUGGUGGCAUGAUAGACCAGCAAGGACUGCUGCAUGUCGGCGAUAUCAUCAAAGAGGUGAACGGACGAGAGGUGGGCCGGGACGCCAGGGUUCUCCAGGAGGAGCUGCAAGCUGCCAGCGGGAGUGUGCUUCUGAAGAUUCUACCCAGCUACCAUGAGGCCAUACCACCGAGACAGGUGUUCUUUAAGUGUCACUAUGACUACGACCCUGCCAACGACAACCUCAUUCCCUGUAAGGAGGCGGGUCUACGGUUCGAGACAGGAGACAUCCUGCAGAUCGUCAACCAGGAUGAUGUCAACUGGUGGCAGGCUCGUCACGUAGAGGGUGGGAGCACUGGUUUGAUUCCCAGUCAGAUGCUGGAGGAGAAAAGGAAAGCAUUCGUCAAGAUAGAUGUGGAACUGGCUCCGGCAGGAAAUCUUUGUACCGGUGUUGGCGUAAAGAAGAAGAAGAAAAUGAUGUAUGUGACCACCAAAAAUGCAGAGUUUGACAGACAUGAGAUCUUGCUGUACGAGGAGGUGGCCAAAGUCCCGCCUUUCAAGAGGAAAACUCUGAUUCUGAUUGGUGCCCAGGGUGUGGGGAGGCGGAGACUGAAGAACAAGCUUUUACUCAUGGAUCCUCAACUCUUCGGCACCACCAUUCCAUACACCUCGAGAAAGCCCAAAAAGGCGGAACAGGACAGUCGCAUGUACGCCUUCACCAGCCGCAGCAAAAUGGACACUGACAUCAAGAACGGGCGCUUCCUCGAACACGGAGAGUACAACGGCAACCUUUAUGGGAUCAAGAUGGACUCCAUCCAUGAGGUGGUGGAGGCCGGACGCAUCUGCAUCCUGGACGCCAACCCUCACACUCUUAAAGUGCUGAGGACGUCCGAGUUCCUGCCCUACGUGGUCUUCCUCCAGGCUCCAGAGUUCGAGGUGCUGAAGGUGAUGAAUCACUCUGCUGUGGAGGCCGGGGUCGUCACGCAGACACUGACGGAUGAAGAGCUGCAGAGGACGUGCAGCGACAGCGCCAAGAUCCAGGCAGCGUACGGUCACUACUUUGACCUGAGCAUCGUGAACGACAACCUGGACGAGACGUACCGCACCGUGAAGGCCGCUCUGGAAACCGUGUCCAAGAACCCACAGUGGGUUCCCGUCACGUGGGUGUUCUAGACGGAGGCUGUGGGUAAAUAACGGAUGUCAUCCAGAGUUUCACGUCUUUCCAUACAGAGAUCACACAUCAUGUUUGGAGCACAGAUUAUGUUCUUGAGCGUGUGUAAAACAGGACGUCCGUAGACACACGGCUUUAUAUUUUUCAGAACAAGAAAGAGGAAAAGAUGGAGGACGACGAACGACGUCCUGAAUCAUUCAGGACAGAAUUUACCUGGACACGUCAGAUGAAUGUGUGUGUGUGUGUGUUUUAAAUCAUUUGUGCCAUUCCUGAUGUUCAUCAGCAGACCGUCAGUGUUUACAGCUACAAAGUCUACUUAUUUAUUAUUUCAUUUAUCAAUUCUCAGUUCUUUGACUGACUUACUUGAUCACAUCACAUCAUAUCAUAUCAGUGUUGUCAGCUUGUUUAUUUGUCUCCAUAUGCGUGUGGAUUUCAUGACGUCGCUGAUAUAAUUGACCACAGAAGCGCUAACUGCUAACUCGCUGUAACCUAUUCAUUUCAUUUACUUAAACGUGAGAGAACGAGCUGUGAAAUUUCAUCUAAAUGUCAUGAACUGUCACUAUUUUUACUGCAAAGCUAAUCUGUGGUUUUACUCUCGCUCUUAAGGCAGCAGUUGAAUUUACGUCUUUCUACACGGUGUCUGUAAAAGUUGAUCAAUCAAUUUUGGCCCUUAAAAAAAAGUGUUCAAAAGUCUUAAUUUCAUGAGGUAUUAAAUGUUGUCCAUAGAGUUUGACUGCAGAAAGUAUGCAUGAAUGUAUUUAUUUGUUAGAAACAACGAUGCGCGGGCACGCUCGCCGUGCAACAUCGUCUCUGGGCCGCGCGCAUACAAGCUCCUCCUCCUCCUCCUGCUGCGAAAUAAUAUCCAAAAUCGUCAGACAUGGGAGAAUGUAAGUUUGCAGACUCCUGGGAGGCUUUUUGUAUAUAUUGCAGAAAGAUGAGACGCGUAUCAGCGCUGUUAUCAGUCGCAGAAGCAGCUGUGCUCCACCAGCGACAACAACACGGCAGCGACUUCUGCCUUCAUUUAUUCUAACCUGCCUUGUUCCUUUGUAUGGUUGUGUGCUAUAGAUUUCAUUUCCAACUAAAACAAAAAAUAUGUUGCUGAUUACAGCUUGAAGUCUUGAAAAAGUCUUACAAAAGGUACAAAAGUUAACUUCAGGAUUCCUGCAGAGACCCUGUUCUAACGUUUGUUAAACUCCAAAUAUUUACAGACAACAACACAAAGUCCAAAAGGUUUGUGUCACCGUUGUCUUCUUCUGUGUACCGGCAGGUCAAAGGUCAGGGGCAGGAAGUGUGCUGCAUGUGCAGUUUGGGUCCAGUUCAGUGUAAACAUGCAUUAGUAUUUCUGUCUUUUAGUCAGACUAACACAAUAAUUAGAUUGUGAGAGUGACGACAGAGAUCAGCUGUUCACACGGCGUUGUACACUCUGUAUUUCAUAGGCUUUUUUAUUUUGUGGUAUCAUUUAAAUGACAUUGUGUUAGAUACUGAGAUUGUUGCCUUGUAUUCACACACUGUUGUGGUAACGUAAAGAACACGUAUACGACGGCCUUUGAGUGUCCAGUGAACAGUCAGUGAACUUGUCCUGCUGGGCCACCGUACAUGUGACACUGUUCAUGCUCCUCGAGCAGCUCUUUGUACUCAGAUCUUUUAUUGUGGCAGCUACUGAAGAUUUCUUCUUUUAUGUACAACGAAUUGUCGAGAGAAACCUGGCGAGAAUUUGGCUCAAUGACUAAUAAGUGAAGCUCAGCGCAGGGAUUUUUGUGACACUUGUGCUUUUAUUCUGGCAGCUGUGUUUAGGUCUGUGGAGUGUGAAGUGUUCUGCUUCUCUCUGAAAUAAUCCCAAACCCUCAUUGUGUUCUUUUUUUCUAUCGAGCCUUACGAAUGCAAUAAAAUCAUUCUGUCACUGUA